CAAAGAGCCGGCCCACCCCUCCCUGGAUGGGGCCGUGAACCUCCAAGGUGGACCUCGGGGUAGAUUGGGGUCUUCAGUGUCAUUCGCCGAGAAGCUCCAGGCUCCGAGUCAACCUUCCUCAAAAGAGCGAUGAAUGACAUCGGGGACUACGUCGGCUCCAACCUGGAGAUCUCUUGGCUCCCCAACCUGGACGGCCUGAUCGAGGGCUACGCCCGGAACUUCCGGCCGGGCAUCGGAGGCCCCCCUGUGAACGUGGCACUGGCCAUCGAGGUGGCCAGCAUCGACCACAUAUCCGAGGUGAACAUGGAGUACACCAUGACGGUGUUCCUGCACCAGAGCUGGCGUGACAGCCGGCUCUCCUACAACCACACCAACGAGACGCUGGGCCUGGACAGCCGCUUCGUGGACAAGCUCUGGCUCCCGGACACCUUCAUUGUGAACGCCAAGUCUGCCUGGUUCCACGACGUGACCGUGGAGAACAAGCUCAUCCGGCUGCAGCCGGACGGCGUGAUCCUGUACAGCAUCCGAAUCACCUCCACGGUGGCCUGUGACAUGGACCUGGCCAAGUACCCCCUGGACGAGCAGGAGUGCGCGCUGCACCUGGAGAGCUACGGCUACUCGUCCGAGGACAUCAUCUACUACUGGUCGGAAAACCAGGAGCAGAUCCACGGGCUGGACAAGCUGCAGCUGGCCCAGUUCACCAUCACCCACUACCGCUUCUCCACGGAGCUGAUGAACUUCAAGUCAGCCGGCCAGUUCCCGCGGCUCAGCCUGUACUUCCAGCUGCGGAGGAACCGGGGCGUCUACAUCAUCCAGUCCUACAUGCCCUCCGUGCUCCUGGUCGCCAUGUCCUGGGUCUCCUUCUGGAUCAGCCAGGCCGCCGUGCCCGCCAGAGUGUCUCUCGGCAUCACCACGGUGCUCACCAUGACCACCCUGAUGGUCAGCGCCCGCUCCUCCCUCCCCCGGGCGUCGGCCAUCAAGGCGCUGGAUGUAUACUUCUGGAUCUGCUACGUGUUCGUGUUUGCCGCGCUGGUGGAGUACGCCUUCGCCCACUUCAACGCCGACUACCGGAAGAAGCAAAAGGCCAAGGUCAAGGUCAUGGAGCAGAGGGCAGAGAUGGACGUGAGGAGCGCCAUCGUCCUCUUCUCCCUCUCGGCCGCCGGCGUCUCCCAGGAGCUGGCGGCGUCGCACCGGCCAAGCCGCGCGCCCCGGAACCUCCUGGGCUCCUACAGGUCGGUGGAGGUGGAGACGGGGGAGCCCCGCAAGCAGGGGGGGGCCCGCGCGGGGGCCCGGGGAGGCCUCCGCGCGCUCUUCAAGCCCAUCGACGCAGACACCAUCGACAUGUACGCCCGCGCCGUGUUCCCUGCGGCCUUCGCCGCCGUCAACGUCGUCUACUGGGCGGCCUACACCAUGUGAGGCCGGCCCUCCGCGGCCCGGGACUUCCCGGGGGAAAGGACGCCCGGGCGGGACCGGCCUGCUCCUGAGGGGGAAAGGGGGGACGAGAACGGGCCACGUGAGGCCGGAGGGCGGCCUCCGUGCCCCCAAGCAGCGGCUCCGUCCCCUCCCUCCCUGGGACGCCCGCUGGGCGGCUCCCACCGCCUCCCCCCCACCCGAGGACGUCCGGCCAGCUCCUCCGUCCCAGCAGCGGAGCCGGCCUGCCCCGAGACCCGGCCGGCGGACGCAGGGCCCUGGGAGGCCUGUGCGCUUUCGGGGCUGGAAGAGCGAGCCGGCUCCAGGGCCCCGCCCUGUGGGCCUGAGCCUGGCGGGGGCACGAGGCUAGGCGUGGACGGCACUCGUCGGGCUGGUGACAAGGUGGGGACAAAGGUUCGUGGGUCUUUGGUCCCAGCAUGAAAUAAAGCAAAGCCUUUGGCCGGCGUGACGUUCUCUGCCACCACGGCGGGGCUGCGGCCUCCUCUCCCGGGGCUGGAGACCGCUCCUCCAGCCGUGGGCUCGCGGGACUCGAG